AUGCAGGAUGGCAGCUCCAUGGUUGAUCAGAUGACAAGACUCCAACUCAAACUACUGGAGAAGAGACUGGAAAACAAAAAGCACAAUAUGGACGACAGAGCAGAGUCUGCAAGGAGUUAUGAUGGGCAGAUGGAUGCACUGCACCGUGCAUUAAGGCGAAAGCAGGACCUGCUGCAAAGACUGAGGGAGCAGCACAUGCUAGAAGAUCUCAGCAGACCUCACACCUGGGGAGGUCCCCAAAGACACCACCAGUCACAAUUUGUUGCUGCCCCUCCACCACUCUCAACCAUGGUACCCACCCACAUCCACCACCCAGCCCCUGUUCUGCCCUUCCUGCCACCUCCACCACCUCCACGCAUUGUUGCACAGACUCUACCCCAGCAGCCUGCCACCAUCAUACAACAGCUGCCACCACAGCAGCCUCUGAUUGCUCAGAUUCCCCCACCUCACCCAUACCCUGCACCACGUUCAGGCAGCAUCAAGGAGGACAUGGUGGAACUGAUGCUGAUGCAAAAUGCCCAGAUGCACCAGAUUAUAAUGCACAACAUGAUGCUGAAAGCCAUGCCUCCUAUGGUCUUCUCGCCACUCGGGGGGUCCAGUCACUGUUCAACUAAUUUUGGACAGGACCUCAGCUGCCUCCCAUCAGCUACCCUACAUGGUUACCAGGCGUGUCAUCUGUCCCAGCAGGACAAGCAGGGGGACACCUAUCCUCCUUAA